AGUCUGAGAUGACGUGGAGUAUUAAAGAAAGAAAUCGCAAAGAGAAGAAGAAAACGAAAAAAAAAGGAGUGCGGGGAGCGCUUGCCUUUCUCCUUCCCUGCAUUCGCCGUUCUGGCAGCGGCGUGAUUCCACCCUAUUCCGGCGGCGGCCGCCGCCGCUUCGGCAACGCAGGUUCAUAUUCCUCCUCCAAUUUACUGGUCUUUGGUGUCUAAAUACGUCGCUGGGUGUUCCAUCUAGAUCCAGGCGCUACUCGGAUUCCCCUUCAAUCUAUCAACUCCGAUUUGGGAUCGCGGUAGGAGCCGUCCUGUAUAUAGCUCCGGCCGACGCGCGAGAGCAACGCAUCCGAACAAGCCAAGGUGCGGGAUGGGGAGAAAGGCGCCUCCUUUUGCUCCGGCCGGGCGGAAACGCAAAGGUCCGUCGCUCCCCUUUCUCUCCCCCGGCAAACGCCGGUUUAUCCCCACUCCGGCGCGGGCAGCCACCGGCUGGGCGUCCCUCCCGGACGACAUAGCCCGCCAGGUCGCCGCGCUGGUGCUGAAAUCCGGCGUCGUGGACUACAUUGCCUUCCGCGCCGUCUGCUCCGGAUGGCGCACCUGCGCGCCCGCUCCGCGUGACCCCACCCUCCGGAUCCCGUCUCUCCGCCCGGUCGGCUGGGUCGCGCUCUGUGACGGCGACGCCGUCCGCCCCGACGACGCCUGCCAGAUAACCUUCUUCCACACUCAAACGGCGAGGUGCCUCCGCGUCCGCCUGCCCGAGCUCCGGCGCCACAGGAUCAUUGGCUUCACCGAUGGUCUUGUCAUCCUGCUGCACAAGCGAACCACCGCGGUCCGCGUGCUCAACCCCUUCACAGGCGCCGCGGUCGACUUCCCGUCCCUCGUCCCCGUGUACCAGCAGCUGAUCAGGAACCGCAACUGCGUCCUUGGCAUGAACGCUGCGGUUUGUACUAGUGUAUCAUCCACCACCUCCAUUGCCGUCGUGGCCUGGUUCCCUUGGUCGUCUGUGGUGCUCAGCGCCGAUGCAGGCCACCCGAGCUGGGAGGUCAUCCAAACAGACAUGUAUCUGUCCAACACCUUGCCCUUCCAAGGUCAGCUCUACGGCUUCCUGCAGUCUUCAAGUCUACCCUCCCAGUCCCAACCCACCUGCCGGUCCUGUUGUUGCUCAUGUUCCACAAAAGUUUGGUAACCCGCCUUUCUGCAAGUACUAUCUCGUGGAGUCCGAUGGAGACAUGCUACUCGUUGUCAAGUCGCCAAAGUUUGUGCACCCUGAUGUAGAGGUGCUUCAAGGUGAAGAUAAGCAUGAGCGGCCACCAUGAACUGAUUCCCGUAAGAAGUCUCGGCGACCGGGCAUUGUUCGUCUCCUUGGACAGGUGCUUGUCCGUGUCGUCCAACAACCUUCCGUCCAUCAGCAGCAACUCGAUUUACCUCACGGUAUCACUCCCGGAUCCGGUCGUCGUGCAUUGUUUGAGCAGCCGAUCGUUCGAGCGGCCAACGGCGUUGUGUCAGGUACACGAUGGAAAGGAGAUGGUCUGCCCAUCCGUGCGGCCCUUCACUCUUGCUGAUCAUCUUCUCACCUACUGCAAUCAUCAUGAAUGGUCAAAUGGACUGAUGUUUCAUGAGUACUACUUCAUACCUGAGUCUUUUCAAGGGCUGUGGAAGAAAAUAAGAACCCAGGAUUCCCAAGUGAGGAUUUCACGCGUGAGAGAUUGAAUCAGAUAUAGGAUAAGUAGGCAUGCGGCACCGAAGAAAUAAUAGUCCCUCUGUAUUUUAGACUACUCAUUGAAAAUGAGAAUAUUAUUUAAUUUCUUUAUUCCUAAUGCUUCCAAUGUAAUCAAUAUGAUGAUGUAACCAGAAUUAAGAAAACCUUGUCUCACUUCUUGAUGAAGUGAGCUUGUUUGUGAAUUAAAAAAUGACCAGUGGUUUAUGUCUA